CAAGCCACACAAUGUCGACGCAAACCAAGGCACUUAGUCCACAUAGUCCUGCCACAACAUGGUGCUCAUGGAGAGCUACUUCUUUUGUGCCUCGGUUCGUCUGGGUGUCCUGGUCAUUUGCACCGCUGCUGCCCUGAAAAGCACCCUAAUCAUGUGGCUAAUAUUCAGCGAUGGAACAUCAUUCCUCUUUGGACUGUUUCGCAUACUGGAAACUCAUUAUAAGACUAGCACUAUUAUCAAGGAAUCGGCUACCUGGGUGGAACGAUAUCCAAAAGAGCUGAUGAUGUUUUUCCAACUUUACAGCAUUUGUCAUAUUGUAACUUGCAUAUUGGCAGCCCAUGGAGCAUACAAGCUCAAAAAGUACCACGUUAUUCCCCUGGCGGUGUUGGAGUUCUUUUACACAGUCCAAGUAGUUGUGUUUACUGUUAUAUCCCUUCGGAUAGCCAGACAUAUCGUACCCCUGGCUACCUUAAUUCUGAUAACACUCGGUCUGACAUUUUAUGCAAUGCUUGUGGCCUAUGAUACGUUGCUCUUGAUUGCUUUUGUGCAAAUUAUGUUUCUGGUGUGGAGUGAACGGUACCAGAGAAUUUACGGCGCCGACCCGCUGAGUCCCAACACAAAUGGAAUGCCUCACAAAGAAAUGGCACCAAGUUAUCCGAUCCCACAACAACCAAUAAUUAUUUAUGUUAUGCCCAUAGCAGGACAAAAAUUGUGGGACAAUCCGCAGUCGAAAUGGUGGCAGGACAAAAUAACCGAUAAGGACAUCAUACAAAAACAGCCUCAUGAAGUCUCGUCUGAUUUUUUCCAGAGGCAAGAGCUUAUAUCGAACGUUUUGUUACGCAACGCUAUUAAUGAAGAUUAUUCGCACAAGGAAAGAGUUACACUUUAA